AUGUCCCCCUUUCCCAAACCCAACCCCCGAACCUCCCCCCUGGCCCCCUGGCUCCCAGCCCUACAAACCCACCUCUCCAACCCAUCCAACACGUCCUUCACGCUCUCGACCGUCUCCCUCCCUGCCCCCAAUCAAAACCAGCCAAACCCCAUCCCAUCAACCGCAUCGCCAACCCCCCGAGCCCGCACCGUCGAAUUCCGCGGCUUCUUCCCAACCCUGACCCUACACAGCAGCGCCACCACGGCCCUAAGGGAGCAAAACAUCGGGCUAAACCCCGACAUCUACGAGAGCGAGAUGCUGGCGAUCACGACGGAUAAGCGGAUGGAGAAGGUGCGGGAGCUGGAGAGUGGCUCCUUCCGCAACCCACCCCCCGGAACCCCCCGCUCGCAAGCCCCCAACAACCCCGCCCUAAAGCUCGGACAAAAGGUAGACGAUCUCCUGGACCCUGUCGCGCGGGACAACUUCCGGGUUGUGGUGAUUCGGCCGGAGGAGGUCGAGAGGCUGGAUCUACGGGAUCUGGAGAAUGUGACGCGCACGCGGUGGACGUUUCUUCCAGCGAAAAAGGAAAAUGGCGAGGGAGAUGGAGGGGCGUGGGAGGGGAGCUGGGAGGAGGUCGAUUUGUGGCCGUAG